CAAAGAAACCUUGGAAGCCCUGAGGAUGUGCAAUGUGCUCCAUCACAUGGAUUCCCCGCGACGGCACCUCAUCCUCGUUUUUCAAUCAGGAGGAUGGAUGAGAAGUUGGAUCUCAUUGACUGCGCAUUCUUCUUUAGAAAACGCCAACCAUGGCCUCAAGGCGAGAGCAUCGUUCCUACAACAGUUAGUUUACCCCUUCGUAGCCAAACUUUGGAAUUAAUUAACUUGCCGUUUCCGUACAUUGCUUGGGUCAGGCUUCAUUCAGACCUAAAGGAGCAAUGUCUCUGUUGUGUCUUUUUUGCUCUCUUCCCUCCAAUAGGAGACAUCGUCCCAUUUGUCUGCAUGAAGCGGAGAUGAUGAUGCGCUGUUGUUUAUCCGGGCAGUCAGCCUGGAUUUCCUGAUUCAGACAAUAAUUUCAUUAACUAGUUAUGUCUCCCAGCAGGCUUUUCUGGAAGCGAGCAUGCUUGGCCACAGCCCAUUCCUAGCCAAGUCAAUUGCUCUUCUUUGUUUCUUUCUCACGGUUGAAGUCUGGGCACGAACGAGGACACGGCGUUCAAAAACUGCGGGUGCACCCUCUUGCGGUUACUCGGUACACUAUUACCCUAUUGCGACGUUCCAGUUGUAUGCCUGAUACCUAAAUUAGUAGAGGUACCAGGGCUCUUUGAUAUAAAGCCUACAGAUGCAGAGCUUUCCUACCCCAAAAGGGGGGCCUUAAUGAACGGGCAGAAAGAAGUCGCCAAGCUUCAUUCUCAGUUCCCAUUCACCGCGCGAAAUUUCAUUGUCCUCACAUUCACCUGCUGCUGGCUAUAAUAAAACCACCUUGGAACGUUUAACACCAUGGUAGGCGCAACAUCAAACUCCUCUCCAACGGCGCGCGGCAUCAUCAGAUCCCUACUUUCUCAUCUCACUGCUACGAAACCUACCACGAAACAGGAGUAUAAGAAGGAUAUUAAGCGGCCAACAACCAUGGCAGCCCAAACCCAAACUCCCCCGCAGUUCACACACAUCCAGUCCAAGGGCAUUUAUCACGGCCUGCCAGUCAUUCCGGAAUCUGAUUCGCGCAAGGGGCUGACAGCGAUUGUAACGGGAGCCAAUGGCAUAUCAGGUAGCCACAUGGUGCGCGUGCUGGCAGAAACCCCCGAGCGCUGGGCAAAGAUAUACACCAUGUCCCGUCGUGCGGCUAUUGGAGGGAGCAAAUAUGGGAAUGUGACGCAUCUCGAGCUGGACUUCUUGAAGAGCUCGCCGGGAGAUUUGGCCAAGGCUAUGGUGGAGAAGGGAGUUAAGGCUGACUAUGUCUUCUUCUACUCGUAUAUCCAGGUUCCUCCGAAGACUGAGGGGUCGAUUUGGUCAGAUGCACAGGAGAUGUGCAAUGUAAAUGGUGCUUUGCUCUCCAACUUCAUCCAGGCUCUUAAACUUGCUUCAAUCACUCCCAAGCGCUUCAUGCUCCAAACAGGUGCCAAAAGCUACGGUGCACACCUCGGCACCGCGAAAUCUCCUCAAGUAGAAUCAGAUCCUCGCGUUACAAUCGAACCAAAUUUCUACUAUGACCAAGAAGAUUUGCUCUUCCAGUACUGCGAGGAAACAGGCACGGAAUGGAACGUCGUCCGCCCUUCAUUCAUCCUCGGAGCCGCCAAAGACGCAGCCAUGAACCUGGCUUACAGUCUUGGUGUCUUUGCCGCCGUCCACGAACAUUUAGGCAAGCCAUUGGUCUUCCCUGGAAAUAUAGCUUCGUUCGAUGUCAUCAGAGACCUGUCUUCGGCUAUGUUGAAUAGCUAUAUGGCGGAAUGGGCUGUGCUAAAUCCAGUUGCCCCCAACGAGGCAUUCAAUGCCUGCGACUGCAGCGCAGUGACUCCCGGCGCUCUCUGGACCGCGCUUGCAAAGAUGUAUGGGAUUGAAUGUAAAGUUCCAGAUCCAAAUGCUGAGUAUCAGAGCCUCACUCUACCAUUUGAUCCUCCUCCUCGAGGAUUUGGACCUCCCGAAAAGAUCGAAUUCACCUACAGCAUUGCCGCAUGGGCGUACGACCCACAGGUCCACACAGCAUGGCAAGAGCUCACACAGAAACAUGGCCUCGUCCACAACCCAUUCGCCACACCGGCUGAUCGAAACCGUAUCUUCGGCUUCACGGAUACCGCUAUUUUGGGAGGAACCCCCGUGCACUUCAGCAUGGACAAAUCUCGUAAGCUGGGUUGGCAUGGCACCGCUGACAGUUUCGCGUCGCUACGCAAUGUUCUCGAGGAAUUCGUGCAGAUGAAAAUGCUGCCGCCAUUGCCUUCGACCGCGUAGACAUGCCUGCCGGCCAGCUGCCUUUUCUGGAUAUUUGUCUCCUUUUUAGUAUUUUCCUCAUCAACUCUUCUUUUGUCCCGGCGAUUUCGUGUCAAUUUUCUUUUUUGACUCCUUCCGUUUUCAGGCGUUCAUGAUGAUUCAUGUUAUUUUUUCCCCGAGCUGUAUUGGUGAUGAAUGUAGGGUAACGAAAACUCCCCGAUUUUUAUUCUUGCCUAAACACGAUCCAAGACAACUCGCGGUUUUCUGAUGCAACCUGCAGGUGAUCAGUCCAGUUUGCAGUCCCUUGCCUAUCUUCUGCUUCAGAACACCAUAACACCGGUGAUCAGUCUGGGUUGUGGCCACAGUUGCGCCCCCACCACUGCAGCUGGUGAUCAGUCCAGUUUGCAGUCC